AUGCGGCCGCAGCCUGCCCGGAGGACAGCGGUCCUGAGCAUCAAGCGGGUUCCCCGGGCCCACCGGGCGCAGGACCGCGUCGCCCACACACGUUAUGGUGUCUAUGAAUACCCAAACUCUUUCUUCCGAUAUGAAGGUGAAUGGAAAGGAGGGAAGAAACACGGUCACGGGAAGUUGCUGUUUAAAGAUGGAGGAUAUUAUGAAGGCGAGUUUGUGGAUGGAGAGAUUACAGGGGAAGGCUACCAGCACUGGGCCUGGUCAGGAAAUAGCUAUUCCGGACACUUUGUUUUGGGAGAGCCUCAAGGACGCGGCAUCAUGAAGUACAAAGCCGGGGGCCACUAUGAAGGGGAGUUCUCCCGUGGCCUGAGGGAAGGACAGGGGGUUCUGGUGGACGUGGAUGGGCAGACGUACCAGGGAGCCUUCCAUAGCAACAGGCGGCACGGGCACGGGCAGAUGUGCUUUAAGAAUGGUGACAGGUACGAAGGCAACUGGGUCCGGGACCAGCGUCAGGGACACGGAGUGCUGUGCCGGGCCGACGGCUCCACCUACGAGGGACAGUGGCACAGUGAUGUCUUCAGUGGGCUGGGCAGCCUGACCCACUGCUCAGGAGCCACCUACUGCGGACUGUGGAUCAACGGCCACCCAGCAGCACCGGCCAGCAGGAUUGCAGUUCUGGGUCCGGAGGUGCUCCAGGUGGUCCAGGGCACUCCCUUCACCUUGAGUGUGCAGCUGCAGCAGGAUGACGGGGACAUUGCUGAGAAGCACAAGAGCCAGUUCACACUGGGGACUCUGGCUGAUGUCACCAUGACCCAGCCACCAAACGUGCCUGACGACCUCUCAGUGAGCGUGAAGACCUCUCAGCACGCCCGACAACCUCUCAGCGCGCCUGACGACCUCUCAGUGCACGUGACCACCUCUCAUGCGCCUGACGACCUCUCAGUGAGCCUGACGACCUCUCAGUGCGCCUGA